GUGAAAUCGAAGGGUGAGGAAAACACAGAGACAAAACCAAACCAAAAGAGAAAAGAAAAGAAAAGAAAAAAAGAAUAAGACGAGUUGUUAAGCUGAAGGAGGGGAGACGACUUUGUUAAGCGCCGUGUCUUCAAGUGUCGUGCAUGCAUUUUAUGCAUCUGUUGCUUUGCAUGCACUCUCUUCUCUUCCUCUCUUCUCUUCUCUCUCCAUUUCCACUGCUAAGUGCUAAAAGCCUCCUCCCCGGAUCUCCUUCAUCCAAUUCCUUCAUCUUCUUCUCUUUCCUUCUUCAUUACUACUCUUUCUACUUCCAUGGCCCCAUCUCUCUCCCCCUCUCUCACGCUCUGCUCAAAACCGGUUUUAGGGUUUUAUUUUGCUUGAUCUCACUUCUAUGGCCUCCAACCGCUGCAUGAACACUUCUUGCGGAGCCGCCACCUCCCACGACUGGACCAAAGGAUGGCCUCUGGGAUCCGCCGGAUUCGCACAUCUCUGCCUCAACUGCGGAUCCGCUUAUGAAAAUUUAGUCUUCUGUGAUACAUAUCAUUCAGAGGAAACUGGUUGGAGGGAUUGCAGUUUUUGUGGCAAGAGAAUUCACUGUGGAUGUAUAGCUUCUAAGUCUAUGUUUGAAUGUCUGGAUUAUGGAGGUAUUGGGUGCACUAGCUGUGUGAAAAGAUCUCGACUUGGUGUGAUCCGGAGAGAUGAAAUUUCUAAUGGCUUUGAUGCAGUCACAGUUGGUAAUGUUGGCCUUCUGCGACCUUCUUCUGUUGAGGAUCGAGUGGUUCGAAAUGGCAUUAAUGAGGAAAAGCUUUUACAGUUGUGUAACAUCAUGGAGGCAAAUGAACCCGACCACUUUCAGCAAUCUCAAAGAGUUGACAGAAGUACAUCUCCUGCACAAAACAGAGGAGAAAAUCUCAGGAGCUCAUUUGGAGAAGUUGGAUCAAGCUUUUUUAAUAUGAAUAAACUACCUGUUAAAUGCCAACCAUCUGUUGGGUCAUUUACAUACUCCAAACUAGAUACUAGCAGACCACACUUAGAACUAAAAGAUAUGAAAGAAUCCCUAAGUCGGCCAUCGUUAAAUAUAACUUUGGGAGUUCCAUUAGGUACACCUAACUUUGUGGUGCCCUUUUCAGGAAGUGCUCCUGAAGAGGAUGAAAAGAGCAUGGGUCAAAGAUCACGUCCAAUUUUUCCCAAGCUCAUAAAAACUGGGAACACAGUUAAUUCUGAAGCAAGAAAGGGCAUGGCUCCUCUGGUGCGUAUUGCUCGGCCACCUGCUGAAGGUCGAGGUAAGAACCAACUUCUUCCAAGGUACUGGCCAAGGAUUACUGACCAAGAGCUAGAACAAUUAUCUGGAGAUUUGAAUUCUACUAUUGUUCCACUCUUUGAAAAGGUGCUGAGUGCUAGUGAUGCUGGUCGGAUUGGUCGUUUGGUUCUGCCAAAAGCAUGUGCUGAAGCAUAUUUCCCCCCUAUAUCCCAAUCAGAAGGUCUUCCUGUUAGGAUUCAAGAUGUGAAGGGGAAUGAAUGGACAUUUCAGUUCAGAUUUUGGCCUAACAACAACAGCAGAAUGUAUGUUCUGGAGGGUGUUACCCCUUGCAUACAAUCCAUGCAAUUAAGAGCUGGUGAUACUGUCACUUUUAGUCGGAUAGAUCCUGGAGGUCAAUUAGUCAUGGGAUUCCGAAAAGCAACAAAUUCUACUGAUAUACAGGAUGCCAAGAUCUCUACACUUUCUAAUGGCUCUCAUUCGGGUGACGCCUCAUUCUCUGGGGUCUUUCAGAAUUUGCCUUUAAGAGCUGAAGGAGAUACUAGUUUGCAUAAAAGUGAAAAUUUUGGGGGGAGGACAAAUGAUGCUUCAGGACAACAACCAAUGUUAACCAUGGAGAAGAAAGGGGCUCGAAACAUUGGGUCCAAAAAUAAGAGGUUGCUCAUGCAUAGUGAAGAUGCUUUGGAGUUAAGACUCACAUGGGAAGAAGCUCAAGAUCUACUCCGUCCUCCACCAAGUGCAAAUCCCACCAUUGUCACUAUUGAUGACCAUGAAUUUGAAGAGUAUGAUGAACCUCCAGUUUUUGGCAAGAGGACUAUAUUCACUGCCCGACCAACUGGGGAACAGAAACAAUGGGCUCAGUGUGAUGAUUGCUUAAAAUGGCGGAGGUUGCCUGUGGAUGUUCUUCUCCCUCCAAAGUGGAGUUGUUCAGAUAAUGUUUGGGAUUUGAGCAGAUGUACAUGUUCUGCACCCGAAGAGAUCAGCACAAAGGAACAGGAGAAUCUUCUUAGAGCGAGUAAAGAUUUUAAGAAACGUAAAAUCAUGAAGAGCCAGAAGUCUAUUCAAGAACUCGAGCCUUCUGGUUUGGAUGCGCUGGCUAGUGCUGCUGUUCUGGGUGAUAGUAUGGCUGACUUGCAGGAAUCUGGUACGACGACCAGGCAUCCUCGGCACCGUCCAGGAUGCACUUGCAUCGUGUGCAUUCAGCCUCCAAGUGGGAAGGGGAAGCAUAAAUCUACAUGCACGUGCAAUGUCUGCUUGACUGUAAAACGCCGUUUCAAAACACUUAUGCUGCGCAAGAAGAAACGGCAAUCAGAACAUGAAGUGGAAACUCUGCUCAAGGAUAGGAAUCCACAAUCCGGUGAAACAGGAGCGAGUGAGACACUGAGGGGUACGUCUCUGCAAACAAACUAUUCAGAGAACGUAAGAAGCCAGAGCAGGAUAAAAGAUGAGGAGGCUGCAAAUAGCAGUGGGCAAAUUGACUUGAACUGCCACCCCGACCGUGAGGACAUGGAACUGGAGGGAGCAGGAUUAAGCAUGAUGAGUCUUGUUGAGGCUGCCAGCCAACCUUUAAAUAGCUAUUCGAAGCCAAUUGGCGUCUCCAGUGUCACGAGUGAGCAGCAGUCCAGUCAACCAAGUAGCGUGGAAAGUGAGAGACGCCUGUCUGAGGAAGUGUGUCAUGGAUCGGGACACGAGAGCACAAGUGACGGAUGCAGAGAGCACCAUUGAGAUUAAAGACAUUUUUUUAUUUUUUUGUUGCUUUUUCAGUUUCUCUUUUACUCACCUGGUGUAUAAAUAAUAUAAACUGAAACAUAUACGUUCUUAGCUUAUUAGCCUCACUUCUCGCUCCUCCUUUUCCCUAAGAGGAGUCAUUAAUAUAUGACGUAGACUGUCAAGUCUACCAGUGAUAUAAAGGACUUUUUUAUGAUACUUUCAUUGCAAAAGCUGUUUGCAAGAGAGACAUAAUGACAUGAUAUUGUAAGCUAAAGCUCCUGAGUGAAUGACGUAAUGCAUCAUUAAGAUUGCAGUUUCAGUUAUUCUAAUUGUAAAGAAAGCAUGGGUUUCUCCCAGAUUAUAGUUGACCAACUUUCAAAAGAUGCAGGGUUGGUCUUCAAACAUCAGGUAAAUGACAAAGUAGACAAGUGGGUUUUGUGAUUUUUUAAGUAGUCCGGCCGAGGAUCUCUUUCUUUCUUGGCCGAGUGUUCUGAGAAGAUUCCAAAGCUCAGGUACUGUUUAUUGACCUUUUCCAUCGUUAGCUUUCAUUAUGAUGAGUUUAUAACCAAAUGAAGCACAAUUAGUUUCUUUAUUCGUUAUAUUUAUGUAUCGAUAAGAUCGAGAUUAUUGAUAUAUUUUAUGUUGGAGUAGAAGAAAAAGGCAAAUACCGGCCAGGUUUUUGGCUUUAAUCCAAAGAGCCAAUCGUUAUGAUUUAUAAAGCAGUCCGUUUGAAGUAUUUGGAAUCUAAUUUGCCAUGGAUGAUGGUGGCUUCAGAAAGGCAAGACUGGAGCUUGAAGCACUCUACGAAGGGGUGCCAGACGAUUCGGUUAAUCUCACUUUUCGACAUCUCACGGAUGUCAAUCUUCAACCCAACUCCUCUUCCGAAAAGAGAAGAGCCAACCCAUCAAUUCCAAUUCCAAUCCCAAGAGAUAAUGAGACUACACCAUUAAACAAACUCCCCAGCCUAGACUUCAACAGAGCUCUGCAAGCGGCCAACCAACAACCCCGCCCCGAUGCCAAAAUCAGUCUUCAUCCGAGUGCACAUGUGGGUGGAACUGGAAGUGGUGGGCCGCUGCAUGCCACUGCCGGCGAUAUUCAAAGCCAUCCGAAGUCGGAGCAUGAGCAUGAGCAUAUGGAUGUGGGUGGGUUGAGGCCAGCUUGGGAAUACAGUGCGGCCUACGAGGAGGCAAGCCACAUCACCGGUAUCAGUUCCAUGUAUCAACAUCACAGAGCCACGGCGGGAAGACGCCGCCCUGGGAUUCCUCACUCCAAUAUCUGCACCAACUGCACCACCUACAUCUAUAUCUUCCGACAUCGUUGCCUGGUAUGCAUGUCUUGAUUUCUAAGGUCACAAAAACAUAUUUACAGAGCAAACCAGAAGGCUUCCACCCAUACAUAUUACUAUUUAAUUUGGCAGGUCUGUGGAAGAGUUUACUGUCGGCAAUGCGUAAGAAUAGGGAUGGGGGAGAUGACGGAGGGAAGAAAGUGUAUCGAGUGUUUGGGAAGAAAAUUCAGCCAUAGGUAAGUAAUUGAAUAAUUACACACGCAUACACGGUUGAAAUGCUUCGAAUUGCGUGUGGUGACCAUAUAAUUUGGAUGUUUGACAGAUAUAUAGGGAAGGCAGGAGAUGUGGGUUGCUUCGGCUGGAGGUACUCAAGUGCGGUAAAGCAGGCAGAGCUCAGGUGGGCCGAGAAAGGGCCUCGCCGGAAAGGAGAGAGAGGCUACGGCGGUGGCGUAACCAAUUCCAUUAGCAUGACGUCGGCAAGUCAGAGCCCAUGGGCACCCACCAACACCAGCUUGGAUGUUUCCUCCAUUUACAGCUCUCGUUUCGCCGUCAUGUCGUCCCCGUCCCCUCAUUCUCCGGCUCACCGCCACCAUUUACCCUUUUAGCCUUGACCGUUUUCUUCCUCAUCACCCUUUUUUCCUCUCCCAAUUUCUCUUCUGAUUUCCAAGUUUCGUCUUCUUUUCUCUGUUCCGCUAGUUCCAUAAAUUCAUAUUAUAUUCUUCGUGUGUUUAAAUCUCUGUACUCUGUAAUUUUCCGUGAUGGCUAUAUUUUUUUUAUAGUGUGAA